AUGGGGGAUCUCACUUCCUCUAUCGCCACUUCGCAGCCCUUGUUCAACAGUACUCCAUUACCCACAAAGUCGCCACACCAUACCACCUCUAAUGGGCAUGUCAAAGUUUCAAACAGUGAGAUAAAAACCAUCCUUGAGAAAACUGUGAGACCUGACAGAAAGGAUUGGUCAUCCCGGCUAGAUGAUGCUCUAUGGGCAUAUAGGACAGCCUACAAGACCCCUAUCGCAACUGAAAAGGAGAAUGGCCUCCCUGUUUCUAAUUAUGAUACCAGAGAUAUUGGUGAAUGUCUCUUUAACUCAGGGCUAUCAGGCUUGAGAUCCUCUAGGUGUUUUCUUACAUGGACUAAUGGCAAGGUUUGGAGUAAAUUGGAUAGAGUGCUUGUGAAUCAGAAAUGGCACCUGGAUGGCCUGAGAACUAAUGUUGACUUUCAAUUUCCUGGUAUUCUGUCUGACUAUUCAGUUUGUCAUGUAUCUCUGUUUGAGGAGGUCUGCCUGGGUAGGAGGUCUUUCAAAUUUUUCAAUAUGUUGACUCUACACCACAAUUUCCAGGAUGUUAUUAAAUUGGGUUGGGAAGUUCAGGUUCAGGGCUGUGAACAGUUCAAGCUGGUGAGGAAAUUACAGCUCCUUAAGAGACCUUUAAAAUCCUUAAAUGCUACCCAUUUCUCUCACAUCUCGGCUAGAGCAGAGAAGGCUAAUAAUGAUGUUUUGGAGUUACAACAGAGACUACAUGACUCCCCCUCAGAUGCAGACUUGCAGUUAGAACUGAGUGGCAAGAGAUGUGAGGCUUCAAGACUUGCUGAAGCUAAUAGAAUGUUUCUGUCCUAG